UCUUGAUUUCUCUGUUUUGUUUCCGUCUUCCCUGCAGCCAUUGCUCAGAAAUGAUUGUCAUAUAAGAUGUCAGCCAUGGCGAACAGGAAAUGUCAAAGCACCACGGCCAGCAUCCUGGAUCACCGGGCAAGGCCUUGUCCUGCUUCCCCUCCUGGCAGGGCAGCUGAAAGCGAGGAAAGCAACUUGCCAAUGGAAGACUUCACAGAGAAGGAGGCAGAGGCGAUGCCUGUCAGGCAAGGCAGCCCUACCCUGGCGGACCACGAGCGCAACGAUAACAGCGGAGAUGGAGACUCCAGCUCCGAUUAUGUCAACAACACUUCCGAAGAGGAAGACUAUGAUGAAGGCCUGCCGGAGGAAGAGGAAGGGAUCACCUACUACAUUCGCUACUGCCCAGAGGACGACAGUUACCUGGAAGGGAUGGACUGCAAUGGGGAAGAGUAUGUCCCCCGUGAAGAGCAUCCGGUUGAGACGGAUGAGUGUCAAGAAGCUGUAGAGGAAGGAGAAUGGGCUGAAACGAAGCUGCAGCGCCCAGAUGAACAUCCGGCUAUAGAAGCUGAAGGCUACCAUGACAGUUGUGUCCAGAUUCUAGAAGGGGAGGUGGCGUGUCUGGAAAUAUCAGACCAAGAGGAGAACGUCCAGUAUUGCCAUCAAAGUGAAGAAAGCUACGAAGGCUACUACUCCCCGGAAGCAAAUGGGAACUCGCACGGCAUGUCUCCUUUCCAUUCUGGGAAAGAAGAGGUGGAGUUGGAAGAGCAGGAAGAAGACAUUGACCAGAUCGUAGCGGAGAUUAAAAUGAGCAUGAGUAUGAGCAGCCUCAACAGCGCCUCAGAAAUGAGCCCAGAGCAUGCUGGGACUGAAAACGUGCCCAAUGAUUAUGUGGAGACUUGUCAUACGGGGGACUCGGGCCACGGCACCAGCAGGCACCCUGGGCGGCCAAAGUCGCUGAACAUCCCACCUGCGUCAAAGCAAGUUGGGGACGGACCCCGAGGCUUCAAAACCAAAUCGAGAACCCCAGAGGAAAGACAGAUGUGGCCACAAGAACAGGUGUGCAAUGGCUUAGAUCCGCCCCGGAAGCAGCAGCGUUCUGAUCUCAAUGGGCCAAUCGACAACAAUAAUAUGCCAGAGACAAAGAAGGUGUCUUCCUUCCCAAGUUUUGUUGAUGUUCCUGGACCUUGUGAACCAGAAGACCUCAUUGAUGGCAUCAUCUUUGCAGCCAAUUACUUAGGCUCCACGCAGUUGCUGUCCGAGCGCAACCCCUCCAAAAACAUCCGAAUGAUGCAAGCCCAGGAGGCGGUGAGCCGUGUCAAGAGGAUGCAAAAGGCAGCUAAAAUCAAGAAAAAAGCGAGCUCCGAGGGAGAUUCCCAGGCUUUGACGGAAGUGGAUCUGUUCAUCUCCACGCAGAGGAUUAAAGUUCUGAACGCCGAUACGCAGGAAACCAUGAUGGACCACGCGCUGCGCACCAUCUCUUACAUCGCCGACAUCGGUAAUAUCGUUGUUUUGAUGGCCAGGCGCCGAAUGCCCCGUUCGGCGUCCCAGGACUGUAUUGAGACAACUCCCGGGGCACAAGAAGGAAAGAAACAGUACAAGAUGAUCUGCCAUGUCUUCGAGUCGGAGGACGCUCAGCUGAUAGCCCAGUCCAUCGGCCAAGCCUUCAGCGUAGCCUACCAAGAGUUCCUCCGAGCGAAUGGCAUCAACCCGGAGGACCUUAGCCAGAAGGAAUAUAGCGACAUCAUCAACACCCAGGAAAUGUAUAACGAUGACCUUAUCCAUUUCUCCAACUCUGAGAAUUGCAAAGAGCUGCAGAUCGCCAAGCACAAGGGAGAGAUUCUCGGAGUGGUGAUUGUGGAGUCUGGCUGGGGGUCCAUUUUACCCACGGUGAUCCUGGCCAAUAUGAUGAAUGGGGGCCCUGCAGCUCGCUCGGGGAAGCUCAGCAUCGGGGACCAGAUUAUGUCCAUUAAUGGAACCAGUCUGGUUGGCCUUCCUUUGGCAACAUGUCAAGGGAUCAUCAAGGGUCUUAAGAAUCAGACACAAGUGAAGUUGAACAUUGUCAGCUGCCCUCCAGUCACCACUGUCCUUAUAAAGCGACCUGACUUGAAAUACCAGUUGGGGUUCAGCGUGCAGAAUGGAAUCAUCUGCAGCCUGAUGAGAGGUGGGAUAGCAGAGAGAGGUGGGGUCCGGGUUGGCCAUCGCAUAAUUGAGAUCAAUGGUCAAAGUGUCGUCGCCACGGCCCACGAGAAGAUCGUACAAGCUUUGUCGAACUCUGUGGGAGAGAUCCAUAUGAAGACCAUGCCUGCAGCAAUGUUCAGGCUCCUAACCGGACAAGAGACGCCACUGUACAUCUAACACGAGGCGGCAUCACUCCUCAAAAGGACUGUACGGUCCCAGCCAUGUGAGAAACCUUCAAGAGGAAUUUUGUAUAUUGUAGAAAGGGAAAGGGUUUAAACCGAGUCCUGGAUAUUCCGGAAACUCAACGGAUUCAGCUUCUUUGCCUUUUUUUUCUUAGGUUCUCUCUUUUUUAAAGGAAUUUGUUGCCAAAAGAUGAAGCUGUUACUAUGGACAAUAACCACUGACACCAUCUUUUUAAUACAUAGAAGUAUUUUGCAACGUCAUCUCCAAAACCCCUUUUCUCGUGCGGGCUCUACAAGCAUAGGGUGCAAAUCCACCACUAAUGUCCCCUGUGCAAACUCCACUGCCGUGCUGCUCGCGUCCCGUUUGCAGCAGUGGGGGCCCUGCGUAAUCUUCAUUCCUGGUGGGUCAUGCUUGUAAUACGUAUUUAAACAUGAUCGUGGCAUGUCCAUCCCGUGUCUACUACAUCUGCCACUCUUAAGCCAGAACGGCAAACGCAAAUGUGUGAACGCGUCUGGGGAAACAGGCCCCUUGAAAUCACGGAUGCCUGAAACCCACACGUUUGAUUUGCAAAAAUGUAAAAAGUUGAACAAGGGCAGAUCAUUGAAAUGACUAAGAAUGUAUGCAAUUUUAAGAUGGGGGAGGAGGAUGUUAAUCAAAAGAUAAACUCCUGUCGUUAUUGGUAUUAUUGACAAGUGUAAUUAACGUGAGUUUUGAUGAGAUGUGACUUAUGUGUGAAACAGGAACAAGGGGAUUUGAUGG